AUGAAUAACAAAGUAACCACCGUUUAUGUGCGACUCAUCUUUCUCAGAAUAGGUGAAAUCGAUACUCUCAAUGAAAAGUAUCAAGCUCAAGCAUCCAUCGAGAGUCGGUGGGCUGUCGACUCUGAACAACUUCUCGCAGAACUUUCAGCUGAUGAUCAGCAAUCCUUGGCAGAUGGAAAGUCAGUUUCACUUCAAAAAUAUACAGAAUCACACUGGCAUCCACAGAUCUACAUCGAAAAUGCUCUUGGUGAUCUGAAAGAACAGAUCAGAUACACCGCCAAAAUAUCCAAGCACGACAACAGACUAUACAUCUGCGAGCAACGCGAUAUAAAAGGGCUGUUCUGGGAGAAACUUGAGCUGCAGUAUUUUCCAUCUGAUGUUCAAGAUCUGUCUAUCUCAGUUGCAUCGAUGUUGUACAACGACCGAGUUAUUCUGCUUCCUGAUGGUGAUCGGAAGAGUGGAGUGAAUCGAGAAGCAUUUGUUGAUCAACAAGAGUGGAAUCUGUAUGCACACGUUGAUGCUGAACAGAGAACAACGGCUGAGUUCGAUUUCGAUUCAACGGAUCAAGACGAUCGUCCAACGACAAACAUCGUUGGAGAACGGAAGCGAACGAUAGUGACGGUGACAUGCCAUGUGGCUCGACGAUCUAGUUAUUUCUACUGGAAUGGAUAUUGCUUGAUUUUUCUCAUUACUCUGGUUUCAUAUACUUGUUUCUUCAUUCCACCGAGUCAAAUGUAUAAUCGGAUUCAAGUAACGUGCACACUUCUUCUGACCUCGAUCACUUUUCGUUGGACCGUGAACCGAUCACUACCAACUAUUUCGUAUUUGACUACACUGGACACCUAUGGAAUAGUGUGUAUAUUCGCUCUGGUUGUUAGUGGAAUCUGGCACACUCUUGCUGGCUAUCUGACGUUUGAAUACACAGCUAAUUUUGUUGUUACACCAAGAUCAUGGCAAGUGAAAUACGAUCGAAUAGCUUUCUGUGUCCAGUUUGGUUUAUUCGUAUUCGGUAAUAUAGCAUUUCUCAUCUGGUUACAUUUUGUUCCACUGAAACAACGUCGAAUAAUGAAUGAAAAAGAUGCGGCGUUGCACGUGCAAAAGCCCGGAUCAAAAAGAAAGAUUAGUGAAAUCGAUACUCUCAAUGAAAAGUAUCAAGCUCAAGCAUCCAUCGAGAGUCGGUGGGCUGUCGACUCUGAACAACUUCUCGCAGAACUUUCAGCUGAUGAUCAGCAAUCCUUGGCAGAUGGAAAGUCAGUUUCACUUCUCAAAUACACAGAAUCACACUGGCAUCCACAGCUCUACAUCGAAAACGCUCUUGGUGAUCUGAAAGAACAGAUCAGAUACACAGCCAAAAUAUCCAAGGAUGAUACUAAAAUAGACAUCUGCGAACAACGUGAUAUCAAAGGGCUGUUCUGGGAGAAACUCGAGCUGUACCAUUUUCCAACUGAUGUUCAAGAUCUGUCUAUCUCAGUUGCAUCGAUGUUGUACAAUGACCGCGUCGUUCUCCUUCCUGAUGGUGAUCGAAAGAGUGGAGUGAACCGAGAAGCAUUUGUUGAUCAACAAGAGUGGAAUCUGUAUGCACACGUUGAUGCUGAACAGAGAACGACGGAUGAGUUCGAUUUCGAAUCAAUAGAUCAAGACGAUCGUCCAACGACAAACAUCGUUGGAGCACGAAAACGAACGAUAGUGACAGUAACCUGCCAUGCUGCUCGAGAAUCUAGCUACUUCUACUGGAACGGAUUCUGCUUGAUCUUCUUGAUUACCCUGAUCUCAUACACUUGUUACUUCAUUCCACCACAUCAAAUGGUCAAUCGAAUUCAAACAUCUUCCACACUGCUGUUAACAUCGAUUACAUUUCGUUGGACAGUGAACCGAUCACUUCCAACUAUUUCCUAUCUAACAACUAUGGAUAAAUACGGUAUUGCAUGCAUAUUCUCUCUAGUUGGCAACGUAAUAUGGCAUACAUUUAUUGGUUAUCUAACAUUUGAAUACACGCCUAACUUCAGUUCGAAUCCGCAUAUGUGGCAAGUAAAAACGGAUCGGAUAGCGUUUUGCGUGAGUUUCUCGAUUUUCAUCCUGGCUCACAUGUUCUUCGUCAUUUGGUUACUCGCCGUUCCACUCAAUCACCGUCGAAAAAUGAAUAAAAAAGAUGCAGCUUUGAAUUUAACAAAACCCAAAGGAAAACGCAGUUUACGUGUCACUGACAUUGAAAUCGAACGCAGUUCGUCAUCGGCUCGAAUAGCAGAUGAUGCCAUGAAUUUACAAACAAUAUAA